AUCUAUUAUAAUCUAUUAAACACCAUUAGUCCAUUAUGGAUUUAGAUAGUAGAGCCGAAUAUAAGCUAAUUUCUGUACGCUAUGGUGAUAUAAACUUUAACAAAUAUAUAGAUAUACUUGAUAGAUUAGGCCCUUUAACAAUAAGACAUGAUCACGAAACACCAGAAAUGUGGUGCUCUCGUAUCCGUAAUCCAUUUAGGAAAAUACUAGAAGAGAACUAUUCCAGGGGAAUCCUUUCUAAGAAUGGAUAUAUUACGAUGUAUGGAAAUUUAAUUGAAAGAAGUGAUAGAGUUCAUGGUCUUCCAUCAAAUUACAUAUAUUGUAGUGUAUGUGACUCCUUAGUUUUCAUAUCUGAAAAUGGACGUGGUGGUCAUGCCUCAACCUGUCGAGAUAACCACUUGAAGAGAUGCAUUUCUGGAAAUAGUAUUUCGAAUGAACAUGCAAGAAGAAAAGAAAUUCUCAAGUCUAUUGAUAGGAGGGAAUUUCAGAUCUGGCAAUAUAAGCAAUACAUAUUAGAGGAAGAGGCAAAUAUUAAACGUCUCCAAUUGGAACUUGCAUCCCAAUCUUUUUCACACUCAGAGAAGGAUAAAUUGGCAUCCGUAUCAUAUGAUCAUGAUGCAUGUUUGACAAGCUAUGAAACAUAUAAGCAGGAUAAAAUGACUAUAGCUGAAAAUAUUAUGCCAAGUGCUCCAAGUUUCGAGCCAGCUUAUAUUUCACCUGCCAGACAAGAAAUGGUUUCGCCAAUUUCACAUCAAUCAUCAAAUUCCAAAAGUAAUACAAGCGAAAUAUUUAUCUCAUCUCGGUAUGCUAAACAAAAUAACUUAUUACCAUCUAUAGACCAUCUUAAUCAGCCCGCAUUAAGAUUGAGAGAUGGUACAAAAAUCACAUUUGUUUAA